AUGGCAACACCAUCAGUUCAGGUUCGCCACAUUGAGGCUGACACCAUCGAUUGGCAGCCCUGUGCCAUUCCUCUGGCACGGCUGCUGAAGCUGGGAGCCCAUGACAAGCAAAGGGUGCCAGACGAGUUUGAACUAUCCAGUUUCAAUCCGAGGCCUUCGCUAGAUGGCGCACAUCUCGAGCCGAUUGCGAAGCGGCGUCAGCUGACCAAGCAGGCGGAGAGCGGCAGAUUCAUCGGCCUGUUUCAAUUGGCUUGCGUUGGACAGCCUAGGAAGAUGGAGCUUUCAAGCUUUUUGCGCUGGUGCAACCGGCCUGUGCCAAGUUGUAGUUCAGAGUUGUCGCUGCACUUCAGUCGCUUGGAGUUUCCUGCGUUGCUGAAUCAAGAUGUUUGUGCCAUGGACUCCUACAGGUUUGAGUUGAAGUACACGAAGCUGACGAAGCUCUUUCACGUCGUGUUGAUCCGUGUGACCAAGAGAGAAAAGCUCAAUGUGAAUCUCAAGGUGCGAGAGAAGUGGCGAUAUGCCCACAGCUACCGGCAGCCUGGACCCUUGCAGCUGCUGCCCGAGCACUCGCUGCUGAAUGUGUCAUGUCUAGCCGUCCUUGCAUGGGAGAUUGAGCAGGAGCUGAUGCAGGAGAGUGAUUUGUCAGGCUGCGGUGACCUACCUGCUCCGGAGUAUGAGAUUGAGAGUGGAACCAUGCGGUUGGUAAGAAGGCUCUAUUUGCAGCAGAGCGAUGCACGCAGCGAUUUCACAACAGCAAGCCAAGACGGCCGAAGGCAUAUGAUCAUGCUCUCGCCGUUACAGAAGUCGCGCUUGGGCUACCAGCCAAACCUGCCACAGGCCACUGUCACAAAGCGCUGCAUCCUGUACACAGUCCUCCAGUCCCCGAGAGCACUAUCGCUCACGCAGGUACUGCAAGGAUGGAAGCCUGGGGUGCACUGUACAUGCUCAUUCCUCAUGGGCAAUGCCCCACCAAUCUCCGCGCAGCAGCUCAAGCAGCUGCGCAGCAAAUAUGACAAGGAUGGCAAUGGCGACCUAUCCUGGGAGGAGUUUCAGGCCUUGGCGCUCGAGGUGGGGGAGCUGCAGGGUUUGAAGCAGCCUGUGAGCGAUGAGAAGUUGCUGAAGAUCUUCAAGGGCCUCGACAAAGACUCGAGUGGCUCUGUGAAUUUCCAGGAGUUUGAGGCCGCGCACGCUGCGCUUCAAGCGCAGCUCCAGGCAGCUGCCAAAGCCAAGGCCAAGGCCAAACCCAAAGCGAAGGGCAAGGCAAAACCGAAGCCGAAGGCAAAGGCAACCGCCGAAGCUGUCCAAGCAGAAGAGCCAAAAACUGAAGUGCAGGAUGGGCAGGCUUCCAUCUUCGAUUCCCUGCCGGGCUUUGGCUCAUUUGUGCCGGAUCUGGGAGUAUCCGCCUUGUUCGCAGAAGACACCCGCGUGCCAGUGGCCAAAGCCAUCCCGACGCCAAAGAAGACCAAACCGCCACCCUUGCCAGAGGCUGCGCCUCCUCCGCUUUCAUCGCAAGUCCCGUGGUCCAUGCAGCUCAAAUCUGCAGACCCUGACUGGUACGACCCGGAUGAUGCAGAGUAUUCUGGGUCGGACGACUUCCCUGAUAUCGGAGAAAUGCCCACAGCCUCCGCAGGCACGGCCCCCGCACCACCGAAAGCAGAUGCUGAGGCCAAGGCUGAAGCCAAACCUGUGCCAAAGCCAAAGGUGGGGCCGAAAGCAAAGGCAGAUGCCAAGGCCAAAGCAAAGCAAAAGGCGAAAGCCAAGCCUGGAGCGAAGCCAAAGGCCGUAGUGCCAGGAGCUCCCGCAGCAAAGGGCCGUGCAGAGGGCGUCUCGGCCGUGCAGGGUGUUACCGAGGAUGUUUUCUCAUCGCCUAUCCACCGGCGAGAGGCGGUGGCACAUCCGGCGGACAAGCGGGACCCAAGAACGAUCCGGGCUCUGCAGACACCAGGCGGCCUGGACCUCAUCGAGCAGGCUCCGGAAGUGCUUUCCGAGCCUGAGUCCCAAGAUUCGGUAGAUUCUAUUUCCGGCGAGGUGGCGCGCUCGUGGGAUCCCACCGCCAAGGAUGUACGGUACACUUACGCCAGGGACCGUGCCGUCGGCUUUUCGGAAUUCUGGAGACCUUUGAAAUGGUCCCGGGAGGAGUGGGAACGGCGCCUUACUGCGUCCGGGAACCUUCGAAAACGAGGAGUCGGCGUGAUGAAGCAUGGGAAGGCGGAGGCGGAUCGGCCGGUCGAGGCCAAGGUGGCCAAGGUCGAUGCGGAGCCUGACACAGAGCCGGAAGACUUGAUAGCACCAGAGAAGCCAAAGCCGCGAUCACAGUACCCAUUGGCGACUGAAGUCAAGCCCAGAUACAUCGACAAGCCGCUGGUGGGUCUCAAGGAUGCGGCGGCUGAGGGCGCGGUUAACUCUCUCCGCAAAACGUCCAAGAAGCCGGCAUUGCCAUCCUUUGGCAGUUUCGACGACGAGCUGCUCAACAGCAGCCCGGCUCCCCGUGACCCAGUGCGUCCUGGAGAGCCUUUGGUUCCGUUGGCCACAGCCAUACAGAUGCCUCACCUCGCGGCUUCACAGGAAUCGCAUAGGUCCAUCCCGCAAGUUCCGCAAGCAAAUGCGCCCAACUUCGGUUAUCCUGGCACAGCACAGCCGGUUGGAGGCAGCUGGCAGCCUCCAACGCCCGUGUAUUCCAGUGGCCUCUCUCCAAGAGGCGGUGGACGGCCUUUGAUGCAGGAGGUCCACGCUGCUGGUGCAGAGCAGCCGGCACCAGCACCAGCACAUCUUCUAGGUGCCGACUACGGCGACAAGCCUGGGCGAACGUGGCUGUGA